AUGGUUGAUGAUGCGGCGGGGGAAUCGCCAUCCGUUGGUUGCCAAUUCCCUGUCUUCCCGAGCUGUGCGGCGUCGCCACACAGCCAGCAACCGCUCGACUAUUUCGAUGUUACUCCGGAAGGCAUCGACGAUAUUCUUUUAUUCAAGUACCGCACCCAGCUGAUGCCGCAACAUCCGUUCGUCGUCAUUCCUAAGCAUAUUUCAGCUCCGGCGCUGAAAAGCCAUCGCCCAGUUCUCAUGAUGUCCAUCCGGGCCAUUGCAAGUUUCGAAGGGCUGCAGACCAUGUGUUUCCGGAUGGACGCAGUUAUGAGACACAUAACCGACAAGCUGUUUUUUCAGGCCGAGCGCUCUGUGGACUUGCUCAUGAGCAUUGUGGUGAUUCUUGGUUGGCACCACUACCACGGCGCAAUACACAGUAACCUUAACAACUUGCUAUGUCUGGCGGAGUCGCUGGUUUCCGACUUGGGUCUGAACAAGAAGCUUACUGAUGACGAUGGACGGGGGGAUGAGACGGUGACUGAAGGCCAAAGGUUGUUGCUCGGUGUAUGGUACUUACGGUCAUUAGCGAGCAUAUAUCUGCAUCAACUUACACCGAUGCCUUUCACCUCAUACCUCCAACAGUGCCUUGCUAACAUUCAAAACGCCAAAACACACGAGUUGGAUGAGGCUCUUGUUUGUCACGUCAAGAUCCAACGCUUAGCUGAACGGGUGGCUGUUCUCAAGGGCCCGCAGCCAGGGAGGGCCUAUGGUGGGAAUGACGGAGCGGCUCUAGAGGGGUUCGGGCAAAGUGAAAAAAUCAAGGACCGAGAGGCGGCGAUGGCUGCGUGCCAGACAUACCUGGCGAAACUAAGAACAGAACUUCCCAUUGUCGUGAAGGAUGACGAUAUGGUUGCUAUACAACUCAACACACUUGAUGUGCGUAUAUCUGCAUCUCGCGAGAGCAACGCGUUGCAAUGCUGCGCCGCCGCGUCCAAGCCUCUCUCCUCACUUCCCUCGGGCUCUCCGAUUGUCGAUUCUCUCUUACAAACCGCCCCCACCGCACUCAAAAACUGGUUUCGAGCGUGGAUUUCGGCAAUACCGGUGGCGAGAUACCGCACGUUACCAUCACAGGCCGUUUUCCAAUUAACAUAUGCCGUACAAACUCUGGUUCGGAGCCAAAAAGAAGCGCAGAGGCAUGCCGCCGGUUGUCCUAUGCACCGGGAACCCCUAACAUUGGCAUCGCGGUCGCCCCCGCCGUGUCCGGGUACAUUAUCGGACACUCAGCACGGCGGAUCAAGACCGUUGGGAGACGAAAUGAUAGUGGUAAAUCGACUGAUUGCCACGGGUGCCAACCCUUCAGACCUCGGCAAAUUCUGGGGGGCUUUAGGAGAGAUGAGCGAAGCCUGGUCCACUCCAAGAUACCAAGUUCCGCAACCCUCUCUAUUGUCUGAUGGACCUUGGGACCUUCGUGUGGCUAGCUUUGACGGGGUCGCGGUUGAAAGAAGCCGAGCAAGGCAGCCCAUUGUCGUGAACACGUUCGAUACGCGACCAGAUCAGGGGUUUCAGGACAUGUAUGCUUCGGACAUGUCCAUUUCGCCGUCAAAUGGUUACCCGGCUCCUCUAGAGCAGCCAGGGCAUAGCAGCGGUGCACCGCAUCUCCCCAUGACCACCGUCCCCACAACAUCGCACAUUGCGCUAGAAAAUCCGGCAUCAUGGACAGGAGCGGAAACAUGGAACCUCCACGCCGAGUUCUUGGGGACGUUUAGCGCUGGUGCGAGUAUCGGAGACCUGGAACAUCAAAACAUUGUUCAACAGCGGUGGGAUGAAACCCACGGGGACCCGAGCUAUGGCUGGAGAGGAGUUGUAUAA